AUGUUCAAGUCGGUCACAUCUCGAGCCGCGAGGCAGUUCGUUCCAACCUGCCGCACAUCAACAGCACGAAGAUGCGCCUCUUCGAACGCCGUCUUCGAUUGGAAAGAUCCCUUGGGAAGCAACAACAAUUUCACAGAAGAGGAGCUCGCCAUAGCAGAAACAGCAGAGUCAUACUCGCAAGAACAACUGCUACCGCGUGUACUUGAGGCAUACCGCACCGAAUCCUACGACCGUAAGAUCCUCAACGAGAUGGGCUCGCUCGGGCUCCUCGGCGCCACCAUCGAUGGCUACGGCUGUGCUGGCGUCUCAAAUAUCGCAUCCGGCCUCAUCACUCGCGCCGUCGAAAGAGUGGACUCAGGGUAUCGCUCCGGCUUCAGUGUACAGUCUAGUCUGGUAAUGGGAGGCAUCGACGAGUUUGGCUCGGCAGAACAGAAGGACAAGUUCCUGCCAGCCAUGGCGAAGGGAGACCUAGUCGGCUGCUUUGGCUUGACCGAGCCAAACCACGGCAGUGACCCUGGGAGCAUGGAAAGCACGGCGAAGCCACAUCCAAGCAAGGAGGGCUACUACAGCUUAAGUGGCAGCAAGACGUGGAUCACGAACAGCCCGAUUGCGGAUGUCAUGCUGGUGUGGGCAAAGCUGCAGGAGACAGGCAAGAUUCGUGGGUUCCUCGUUGAGAGGAGUCAGUGUCCUCCUGGCACGCUGGAGACACCCAAGCUGGAGCACAAGAACGGUCUGCGCGCGAGUGUGACUGGGAUGAUACAGAUGGAUGGUGUGCCGGUGGCGAAGGAGAUGAUGUUCCCUGAGGUUGAAGGGCUGAAGGGACCAUUCUCGUGUCUGAACAACGCACGGUACGGGAUUGCAUGGGGUGUCAUUGGCGCACUAGAAGACUGCUUGUCACGGGCGAGAGAGUACGCAUUGGAGAGGAGGCAAUUCAAGAACAACCCUAUCGCCAAGUACCAGCUGGUGCAGAAGAAGCUGGCCGAUGCGACUACCGAUGCCGCAUUUGGCAUUCAGGCGGCUUAUCAAGUUGGAAGACUGAAGGAUGAGGGAAAGCAUGCACCAGAGAUGAUCUCCAUGAUCAAGAGGCAGAACUGUGAUCGGGCACUGAUUGGAGCAAGAGCGUUGCAAGAGGUCUUUGGCGGCAAUGCUGCGAGCGACGAGUACCAUAUUGGGCGACAUGUGGCGAAUUUGUUCGUCACCCAGACGUAUGAGGGACAGAGCGAUAUACAUGCUCUGAUUCUAGGACGAGCCAUCACUGGGAUGCAGGCAUUUGUAUAA